GUCCUAGGCGAGCAAAGGCCAAACUCUGACUUGGCACCGAACGGCCGCAGGGACUACGGGGGCUUGCAGGGCAAGUCUCUGUCAUGCUGCUCUUCUGUCCGGGCUGUGGGAAUGGGCUCAUUGUGGAAGAGGGACAACGCUGCCACCGUUUCGCCUGCAAUACCUGCCCUUACGUGCACAACAUCACCCGCAAGGUUACAAAUCGGAAGUAUCCAAAGCUGAAAGAAGUGGAUGAUGUGCUUGGUGGAGCAGCUGCCUGGGAGAAUGUUGACUCUACUGCAGAGCCAUGUCCCAAAUGUGAACAUCCUCGUGCCUAUUUCAUGCAGCUUCAGACCCGCUCUGCAGACGAGCCGAUGACCACCUUCUACAAGUGCUGCAAUGCUCAGUGUGGACACCGCUGGCGGGACUAGAGCCGGGUUGGCCCGGCUGUGUUGGUGGCUGUGUACCUUACUCCCCGGAGUGGAUUCCUAGCCGGGGAGUGAGCACCGUGUAUCCUGAGGGUCUCUGCUGGUGUGGUGGGAAGCCAACGUUUUUAGGGUCGUUGGCCAGGGUAUCAGGAAAUGGACAGCCCACCUGCCAAUCAGUGGAUGAACUCAUUGAUGUCCAGGGAGAUUUUGGGGGGGGGGGGUAUGCACAACUAAGAACGCUGUUUAAGGUCCUGUUCAUUCAUCCUUUACAUUUAUUGGACAACUGAUGUUCUUUUACUAUCAACCAACAAUCUUAAGUAUUUACACUGCACAACUAAUAAAGUAAAAUUUAUUAAUUUAGUGCAUUAUUUGUCCCUAAAUAUUUAACUGUUAAUUGCAAACUUAUUUAAUCAAAAUUUAUUUUUAAUAUUAAUAAAAAAAACUUAAUAUUGCCUUCUCAGUGUUUUAUAUGAUUUAAGUAGAUGUCAAACCACAAAUCAUGAUUCCAAAAUUAACUAGGACUUAGGACUAAACUGGUUACAAGAUUGCUAAUGAUGUAGAUUUAAAUUUACUAUUUUUAUUCUUGCUACCUAGGAUUAU